UUAUCACUCAACGGCGUUGCUAAAAUUAACAAUCAGGCGAGAAAAGAAAAACUUGGAAAAUUGUUAAUUAAAAACUUGACCCAGAUCGGCAUACACAGACCCGGGACGACGCAAUGACGUGGAAGAAGCAGCUGGCCAUACUGGCGAAGCCCUACUAUUGGGUCAACAUCCUGCUGGCCAUAUCGUACCUAAUCUCCAAGAAGACAAGGUUUAUCUGCACCCGCCUGUUCAACUUGACCGAGGAGGAUGGUGAUUGCGAUCUGGACAGUCGCGAGGUGGAGAUACUGUUCUUCCUUUUAAUCGUUGUGAUGAUACGAUCGCGCAAAACAGGCAGUGUCACCAUGAUAAACUACCUCUCCUCAUCGUUUCUGUACACCAAGGUAGCAAAUGGCAUUCUGUGGGCCUACGCGGACUUCCGCUAUGGUCUGGGCUUCCUUCUGGUAUGUGUGCUAGUGGGCAUGGUGCUACCUGAGCCCUCGUACCGCGGCCCCGAGCACAUCACCUACUUCCGCAACGCACAGGUAUUCGAGGAGGAGCUGGCCCGGGACAAGCGCACCAGCUGGCUUAUUUGCUUCUACACCGUGUGGAACCCGAGCUGCGUCAACUUUGCUCCCGUCUUUGCUGAACUUUCAGCUGAGUACAACACGGACCACCUUAAGUUCGGCAAGAUCGACAUUGGACGCUUUCCGGACGUGGCCCAGAAGUACAGAAUCUCGGACAGCAGCUUCUCUCGUCAGCUACCCACAGUGGUGCUGUUUCAGCAGGGCAAAGAAUCGGAUCGCCGGCCCUGCAUUGACAGCAAGGGCAAGCUGCAAAAGUUCUUCUUCUCCAGCGACAACGUGCGCGCCGCCUUCGGACUGAACCAACUCUACAAGGAGGCUGUGGAGCGACUGCCCGUUGCCGCCAAGGAGUCAAAGAAGAGCCAGUAGAAAGGACCUCACUCCACCUUGUCUAUCUCAUUUUUGCGUACACGUGCUAAAAUUUGUUAUUUGUUUAGUUUUUAGUUUAUUUUAAAUUAUAAUUUGAUUUUGAGGUCGCUGCCACUGCCAGAGACACGUACAAUAGCACUUAUAAUUGCAAACAAGUUUUAACUAAAACGUGCACUUGCUGCGUUGCCAUUGUGUAAUUUAUUUAUGUAGUUUUGCAUUUACAUAUUUAAUUUUGUAGCUAAUUGUCAGGUACCAAAAAUAUAUGUAACAUUUUGAGAUGAUUUAAGAGAGUUUGUUUGUGUCUCCCCCCUUACAAGUUUUUGUGCAUUUUAUACUCAAUUAGCAGAGCUCAAACGAUCAUUUCCGUUGCUUGUUUAAGACGCAAACUGGAAGAACUCUGACAUGGAAGAAUUUCGAACAGUUCUUAUGAA